CUUUAAUUUUAUUAAAAACCCUUUAUUUAUUAUACUUAAUAAAGAUAUGAUAAACUAUAUAUUUAUCGAAACAUUUUCAUUCUCUUGAAUAAACAAAAAAAACAUGAAAUCGACCCCAACAAAACUUUCUUUAGAACAAUUAAAUAAUCAUUAUAUUCUUUUCAGACAUGGACAAUCUAAAGCAAAUGUUGCCAAAAUUGUAGUAUCCCGACCGGAGAAUGGAAUACCUUCUAAAGGAGUAGGACCUCCUUCUCCAUCUUCCAACUCUAGUGAAGGUAAAGGUUGGGGAUUAACAGAAUUUGGUAAAGAACAAGUUAAAAAUGCUUCACGAGAUUUAUCAAACUAUUUUAAUAAUUUUCAAAAUCAGGAAAUAGAUGAUGAUAAUAUACUUGAUAAAUUCAAAAAUUCUGAGAAAUUACAAAAAUUUCAUAUUAAAAUUUAUUCAUCCCCAUUUAUUCGUACUGUUGAAACUGCAAAUAUUUUACUCAAUGAAUUAUUAUUAACAAAUAAUAAUUUAUCAAUUCAUUCAGAAAUUAUUAUUCAUGAUGAUUUAAUGGAACGUAAUUUUGGAAUUUUUGAAUUAAAAUCUGAUAAAGAAUCUUAUUCUAAAGUAUGGAAAAUGGAUGAAUCUUAUACUUUAGAAAAUGAAUAUAAAGAAUUACAAGUUGAAACUUGUGAAGAAGUCAGAUCACGAAUAUGUAACGUAGUUAAUGAGAUUGAACGAGAACAUCAUAUAAUUGCGAUAUUAGUUAGUCAUGGGGAUCCAUUGCAAAUUUUACAAACGGCUUUUGAGAAUGCUGAUACCAAUUUACAUAGAUCAUUAAAUCAUUUAGAAGUAGCUCAAUGGAGAAUUUUUGGACCUAGGUAGUUUGUUAUUGAAAGAUUAGUAGUAGGACUGUUGUUAUUGGGGACUGUUAACUUGUUGCUUCCUGUUGGAU